AUGCAUUGGGAUGAGCUUCUCCCAACGGUGCAGAACAAGGUGUCUGUGGAAGGCACGCCUGCGGCGAUGGUGGUGCAGCUCGGCGAGAACGAUUUGCCAGAAGCUCCCAGCUUGAGCCUGCAGACCCGCAUGCAGGAGGACUUGGAGGAGUUGAAGGCAGCUCUUCCUGGACUCAAAAUCUUUUGGUUGCAGCUGUUGCAGCGACGUGCGUGUCAAGGAAGCCGAUGCCCAGCUGCCACCGAGAGGGCCAGGAGGCGCGUGCAGAGUGCAGUGGCCAAGAAGGUUCUGACCUUGGGCGGGACGGAGCCCAAAUGUAAUUUUUCUCUGGCCAAGAAUGGCACACCCUUCAACUGGACAGAGAGCCAGAUCAUUGAGUGGGAGAAGUUUGCUGAGCUGGCUAAAUACGAACCAGAGUCGCAGAAGCCCACCAUGAAAGCUCUCCUCAUUGUGGCCUACACAAUCAUCAUCAUCGUAUCUCUCUUUGGUAACUUGCUGGUAUGCCAUGUGGUGAUGAAGAAGAGGAGGAGGAGGAGAAGGAUGCAUUCGGCCACCAGCCUCUUCAUUGCUAACCUGGCCAUAUCCGAUAUCAUGAUCACCUUGCUCAACACACCUUUCACUUUGGUUCGGUUCGUGAACAGCACGUGGGUCUUUGGGGAAAGCAUGUGCCAUGUCAGCCGCUUUGCGCAGUAUUGCUCUCUCCAUGUCUCCACCCUGACCCUGACAGCUAUAGCCCUGGACCGGCAUCAGGUCAUCCUCAACCCACUCAAGCCAAGGAUGUCACUGACCAAAGGAGCACUGGCCAUUUCCAGCAUCUGGAUGAUGGCAGCCUGCUUUUCAUUACCCCAUGCUAUCUACCAAAAGCUCUUCAUUUAUAAUUAUAGGGAAACUACUAUUCGUAGCUUGUGCCUCCCAGAUUUUCCUGAGCCAGCAGAGGUGGUGCAGAAAUAUGUGGACCUUUCCACUUUCCUCCUCCUUUACCUCUUGCCCCUCCUCAUCAUUUCCGUCACUUACACACAGCUGGCCAAGAAGCUCUGGCUGCGCAAUGCCGUGGGGGAUGUCACCACGCAGCAGUACAUCGUCCAUCACAACAACAAGAAGAGAAGCAUCAAAAUGCUCGUGCUGGUGGUGGUGGUUUUUGCCCUCUGUUGGUUCCCGCUCAACUGCUACGUGCUGCUCAUCUCCACCAUGAACAUCAGAACCAAAAACUCCCUCUAUUUCGUCCUUCAUUGGUUUGCCAUGAGCAGCACUUGCUACAAUCCUUUCAUCUACUGCUGGCUGAAUGACAGCUUCCGUUCCGAGCUCAAGUCCUUGUUCGCCAUGUGCCUGAAGGCGCAGCAGACGAGAGACAACCUCAUUCCAGGGGCAACCUUGCCGUAUGGGGAGGCAUGGAUGCAGCAAAUCAAAUGCAAGCAAAGGUUUUCUUUACAGAGCAUCCGCUCAACCACAAACGUGCAGACUUUCAAAACGGAUUUGUGA